AUGACAGCUUCAGCAGCCCUCAGAAGCCUGCGGCUCAGGCAAGCAAGAUUUCCUCUCGGCAGACAGGCCAUUCGCCCAUUCUCUUCCUCGUCCCUGCGCCACGCAAACUCCUCCUCAGACGCCGAAGGUCUCAAUAAAGUCUCGCGUCAUGUCACGCAGCCCAAGUCCCAGGGUGCCUCGCAGGCCAUGCUCUACGCGACCGGCAUGACCGAAGCAGAUAUGAACAAGGCAGAAGUGGGCAUUUCGUCUGUCUGGUACAGCGGCAAUCCCUGCAAUAUGCAUCUACUGGACCUGUCCAACGUGGUGAAAAAGGGUGUCGCAGACGCAGGACUCCAGCCUAUGCAGUUCAACACGAUCGGCGUGUCGGAUGCCAUCUCAAUGGGAACGACCGGCAUGCGCUACAGCUUGCAGUCAAGAGAAAUCAUUGCCGAUUCGAUAGAAACAGUCAUGCAGGGCCAGUGGUACGAUGCAAACAUCUCCAUUCCUGGCUGCGACAAGAACAUGCCUGGUGUGGUCAUGGCGAUGGGAAGAGUAAAUCGCCCGUCGAUCAUGGUGUACGGCGGCUCCAUAGCUCCAGGCUGUGCGCGGACGCAGAAUAACGCGGAUAUCGACGUUGUCUCAGCAUUUCAGGCCUACGGUCAGUUCAUCGCAGGGGACAUUAAUGAGGAGCAGCGCUUCGACAUCAUCCGCAAUGCCAUUCCCGCUUGUGGCGCUUGUGGUGGUAUGUACACUGCCAACACCAUGGCAUCGGCCAUUGAAACACUGGGCAUGACACUGCCGGGUAGCUCGUCCAAUCCGGCGGUCUCUCAGGAGAAACAACUCGAGUGUCUGGCGGCUGGAGAGGCUAUUAAGAACUUGCUCAAACUGGACCUAAAGCCGCGCGAAAUCAUGACUCGCGAAGCCUUUGAAGAUGCUAUGGUAGUGGUGAUGAUCACUGGCGGUUCCACGAACGCGGUGCUGCAUCUGAUUGCCAUGGCUGAUGCGGUGGGCAUCAAGCUCACCAUCGACGACUUCCAGGCGGUCAGUGACAGGACCCCCUUCCUCGCAGACCUCAAGCCGAGCGGGAAAUAUGUCUUCAAUGACCUACACACUGUGGGUGGCAUUCCCACUCUGUUGAAAUUCCUGAUAAAAGAAGGAGUGGUCAAGGGCAAACAUACGACAGUCACGGGCCAGACGCUCGCCAAAAAUGUCGAGUCCGCCGCCGAUUUCCCGUCCGAUCAAGUCAUCAUUAAGCCGUUCUCUCAGCCGAUCAAGAAGACUGGACACAUUCAGAUCCUGCGAGGCAGUCUCGCCCCGGGCGGCUCGGUGGGCAAGAUCACAGGCAAGGAGGGCUUGCGCUUCGAGGGCAAAGCAAAGGUCUACGAUGCCGAAGACUUGUUCAUCCAAGCCCUCGAACGUGGCGAGAUCAAAAAGGGCGAGAAAACCGUGGUGGUCAUCCGGUACGAGGGACCCAAAGGUGGCCCGGGCAUGCCUGAGAUGUUGAAGCCCAGUUCCGCAAUCAUGGGUGCUGGUUUGGGCAAAGACGUCGCCCUGAUCACAGACGGGAGAUUCAGCGGAGGGUCCCACGGGUUUUUGAUCGGCCACAUCGUCCCCGAGGCCAUGGAAGGCGGUCCCAUCGGCUUGGUGAGAGACGGUGAUAACAUCGUGAUUGACGCCGAGAGCAGGACGCUCGACCUGAUUGUGGACGAGGCGACGUUGAAGAAGAGACGGGAGGAGUGGAAUGCUAAUAAGCCGGAGCCCCGGUACAGGAGAGGCGUCUUGGCCAAGUAUGCGAAAUUGGUCAGCGAUGCCAGCCAUGGCUGCAUCACGGACAAGGAGGAUGUGCUGGAUCUACAUGCUUGA